AUGGCCGAGUCUCCCAGAUCCGAGAGGUCGCAGACCAGAUUCAGCACUCCCGUCUCUGAUCUUGACGAUCACCGCCACCAGCAGGAAUCGCUGCCACGCGCACACGGCCAAGGCUCCCGUAGAGGAACUCUCGCUAGUAUUGCUGGCAGCCCACAUAUCGCAGCCCUGGCUGCUGUUCAACAAAUCGAACUCGGACCAGGAAUGAUUGCCCGUGACUUUGAGAAUGCCAUCGUCGACGACCAGGACGACGAUAGCGUUCGUUCAGUACAUGAGACUCCCACAUGGCGCCGCAACUCUACCAGUCAGAACGUGAGAAGACAAGGAACCAUCCGCCUCCCUCCACCAGCCUUGGAGACAAAGUCCAGGAGUCGCGAAUCUUCUAGUUCGAGAUCGACCUCCCCGCCAAACUCGGUCGAUGCCUUUGCCAACCCUCAGAGACGUCGUCGCGGAGACACUAUGAGCAGCGAUGCCCCUCCAUUCAUCAACCCAAACCUUACGAGGACCCUCUCCGGAGCCUCCAAGCAUCGUCGGUCGACCUAUGACGAUACCAAAUCGAUCCAUACUGCUCAGUCGCGCCACAGUUCUGUUGAAGACGACGUUUGCUUUCCUGCCGAGCGCGACCAAAGCAAGACCUACUUGAUUGAUUUUGAGGAACUUGAGGAGUUCGUCGCCGAGUCUCAUGAGAAGACUCCUGUCUCUCACCCAUUCCAACCACCUUUCAACAAGCAGACUCGUAGCGAGCCUAAGGUGUUCCAUGAUCUCCGCGCUUCCAAGACCAAUGCAAGCGACAGCGACGUUGUGGAUGAGAAGCAGUCUGCGGACAAUGUCAAGAAGACAGACCUGCCGGAGGUUGAAAUCGAACGUGUAGCAUCGCACACCGAGUACUUCAACAGGUUUACCAUCUUCUCCUCUGAGAUCGACGAGACUAUUCACGCGCCCGAGUUGGGCGGCCUCCUCAUGCCCGGCGAAUCAUUCAGGGACCUGUUCGAACUCGGUCCUGACGGUGGUGUCUGGUGGCUCGACAUGCUCAACCCUUCCGAGGAAGAGGUCACAGCCAUCUGCAAAGCAUUUGGAGUCCAUCCGUUGACCCGUGAAGAUAUUGCUACCCAAGAAACGCGUGAGAAGGUUGAGCUUUUCAGGUCCUAUUACUUCGUCUGCUUCCGUUCUUUCUACCAGGAGGACAAGGAGAGCGAGGACUUCAUGGAGCCCAUCAACGUCUACACUGUCGUCUUCCGUGAGGGUCUAUUGACCUUCACCUUCUGCAACAACCCUCAUGCUGCUAACGUCCGCAAGCGUAUCGGUCGUCUUCGUGACUAUGUCAACCUCAGUGCCGAUUGGAUUUGCUACGCUUUGAUCGAUGACAUCGUCGAUGGUUUCGGACCUGUUCUGCGAGACGUCGAACACGAGGCUGAUGCGAUUGAGGACAGUGUCUUUACCGCACGCUUUGAGGAUUCUCGCGCUAUCCUGCGACAGAUUGGUGUUUGCCGAAGGAAGGUUAUGUCGCUGCUGCGCUUGCUUGGCGGCAAGGCAGAUGUCAUCAAGGGCUUUGCUAAACGCUGCAACGAGCAGUACAGCAUGGCACCUCGUGGUGAUGUCGGCUUGUACCUCUCUGACGUUCAAGAUCACGUCGUCACCAUGAUGAGCAACCUGUCGCAUUUCGAAAAGAUUCUGUCGCGCAGUCAUUCCAACUACCUCGCUCAGAUCUCGGUUGACAACAUCGCUCAAGGCAACAAGGCUAAUUCUCUGCUCUCGAGAGUCACUGUUCUGGCUACCAUUUUGGUUCCUCUCAACUUGGUUACUGGCCUGUUUGGUAUGAACGUUCGCGUGCCUGGAAUGGACGGCAGCAACCUCGCUUGGUGGUUCGGCAUCGUUGCGUUCAUGUUCAUUUUCGUCGCAGUAUGCCUUCUUACUGCAUGGAAGAUUGGUCUGCUCGAGGACGUUGUCCCUGAGCGCGAGGAAGAGUUGUAA